CUUGUCUCACGGCCUCCAGCCGCCGCCGCUGCCGUGUUUACUGAGCUCGCGCGUCCUGAUAUCACUCCGCUGGCAUGGAGGAGGAGGAGGAGGUGGAGGAGCGAGAGGAGGAGGAGGAGGUGGCGGCGGCGGCGGCGGCGGCGGCGAGCAGUUGAUCAUUGUGAUGGUGGCAGGAGCAGCGGCGGCAGCGGCAGCCCAGCCGAGCGUUAGGGGCUGCUCUCCGCGCGGCGUUUUGCAAAGGACUUCACCGAUCUACUUUUGCAGUCGCCUCGGACUGUCCAUGUGUUUACUUCCCCCAGCCCGAGGAUUCGAUAUCUAGGUUCCUGUGAAAUGCAACUGAGCAGCCAAAGUACUUUGAGAACACGGGGCGGCAUAAACACCAAAACUUUUUUGUGGAAGGAAAAUGCAAUAAGCAAGCUUGCCGUUUUCCGAUGCGGUGUGGAGUGAGUGUGUGUCGCGCGUGUCCGCACCGGAGGCAUAUGCUUGUGUGUGUACAUGGGGUGUAUUUUUCGGUACGUAGGGAGAAAAUGCUUGCCAACCACCGGAAAUCUCCUGGAAUUUAUUAGAAAAUAAUGGAUUAUAAAAAGAAGGCAGGAGAGGAGCGGAUCUCCCCUUGAGUUGCAACCCGAUUUGCUGCUGGCUCAGUUUGUUGUGAUUCUUUUUGUUGAUAGGUGUCUGAUGGUAUUCUGAUAACACCCCCCCCUUUUUUCCCCUCGAGCUUUACAGUUUAAAAAAAGGAAACAAAAAAAACCCACCCCAAAAUCUCUCCCCCUUUUUUUCGCCCCGUCGGGAUCGCUGUUUCCAUCCAUGUGCUUGCGUCUCCCCCGCGUUCCACUUAAACUAUUUUAAUUCUUGGACCCAAGGAGGAGGCUGAUAGGGGGGUGGAUAAAAAAAAGUUCUUCCAAAAUAGUGUGCCCGGGGAGCAGGAUGGGGGAUUUCGCAGCCCCCGCUGCUGCCGCGAAUGGCAGUAGUAUUUGCAUCAACAGUAGCCUGAACAGCAGCCUCGGCGGGGCCGGGAUCGGUGUGAAUAAUACUCCCAAUAGUACUCCCGCUGCUCCGAGUAGCAAUCACCCCGCUGCCGGCUGCGGCGGCGGCGGCUCCGGGGGCCCCGGCGGCGGCUCAGCGGCGGUUCCCAAGCACAGCACCGUGGUGGAGCGGCUCCGCCAGCGCAUCGAGGGCUGCCGGCGGCACCACGUCAACUGCGAGAACAGGUAUCAGCAGGCUCAGGUGGAGCAGCUGGAGCUGGAGCGCCGGGACACCGUGAGCCUCUACCAGCGGACCCUGGAGCAGAGGGCCAAGAAAUCGGGCGCCGGCACGGGCAAGCAGCAGCACCAGAGCAAACCCCAGCAAGAUGCGGAGGCUGCCUCGGCGGAGCAGAGGAACCACACGCUGAUCAUGCUCCAAGAGACUGUGAAGAGGAAGUUGGAAGGAGCUCGAUCACCACUUAAUGGAGACCAGCAGAAUGGUGCUUGCGAUGGGAGUUUUUCUCCAACGAGCAAGAGAAUACGAAAGGACAUUCCUACAGGAAUGGAAACCCUCAAUAUGCCACUGCCUUCAGCUUCUCCUCUUCACCAACUUGACCUGAAGCCUUCUUUGCCCUUGCAGAAUAGUGGGACUCACACUCCCGGGCUUCUAGAAGAUCUAAGUAAGAAUGGUAGGCUUCCAGAGAUCAAACUUCCUGUCAACGGUUGCAGUGACCUGGAGGACAGCUUCACCAUCCUGCAGAGCAAGGACCUCAAACAAGAGCCUCUAGAUGACCCUACUUGCUUAGACACAUCCGAAACGUCUCUUUCAAAUCAGAACAAGCUGUUCUCAGACAUUAACCUGAAUGAUCAGGAGUGGCAAGAAUUAAUCGAUGAGCUGGCCAACACGGUCCCUGAGGAUGACAUACAGGACCUGUUCAACGAAGACUUUGAGGAGAAGAAGGAGCCCGAAUUCUCGCAGCCGGCGACGGAGACCCCUCUCUCCCAGGAGAGUGCGAGUGUGAAGAGCGACCCCUCCCACUCGCCUUUUGCACACGUCUCCCUGGGAUCUCCCCAGGCGAGGCCCUCCUCCUCUGGCCCUCCCUUUUCUACGGGCCCCACGGCCGCGAGUUUGCCUUCGGUGGCCAGCACUCCCGCAGCUCCAAACCCCGCCAGCUCACCAGCAAACUGUGCUGUCCAGUCCCCUCAGACUCCCGGCCAAGCGCACGCUCCAGGCCAAGCCCCAGCCCGGCCUGGAAACGGUUAUCUCCUUAAUCCGGCAGCAGGGCCCGUGGCCGGGGCCAGCUCCGACAUGUCGCCGGCGGAGCAGCUCAAGCAGAUGGCCGCGCAGCAGCAGCAGAGGGCCAAACUCAUGCAACAGAAGCAGCAACAGCACCACUCCAACCAGACCUCCAGCUGGUCGCCCUUGGGGCCCCCGUCCAGCCCCUACGGAGCAGCCUUCGCUGCGGAAAAACCAAAUAGCCCAAUGAUGUACCCCCAAGCCUUUAACAACCAAAACCCCGUAGUGCCUCCCAUGGCAACCAACCUGCAGAAGACGACAAUGAAUAACUACCUCCCUCAGAACCACAUGAGUAUGAUCAAUCAGCAGCCAAAUAACUUGGGUACCAACUCCUUAAACAAACAGCACAAUAUUCUCACCUACGGCAACACUAAGCCUCUGACCCAUUUCAACGCGGACUUGAGUCAGAGGAUGACCCCCCCGAUGGCCAACCCCAACAAAAACCCGGUGAUGCCCUACAUCCAGCAGCCGCCGCCGCCACAGCAGCCGCCGCCGCCGCCGCCGCCGCCGCCGCCGCCGCAGCUCCAGGCCCCCAGGGCGCACCUGAGCGAGGAGCAGAAGCGCCUGCUUCUCCUGAAGCAGAAAGGCGUGCUGACGCAGCCCAUGGCUUACGCCGCGCUUCCAUCCCACGGGCAGGAGCAACACCCAGUUGGACUCCCCCGGACCACAGGCCCCAUGCAGUCCUCGGUGCCGCCAGGCUCGGGCGGCAUGGUGUCGGGGGCCGGUCCCGCGGGCCCCGGCUUCCUCGGCAGUCAGCCCCAGGCAGCCAUCAUGAAGCAGAUGCUCAUUGACCAGCGGGCCCAGCUGAUGGAGCAGCAGAAGCAACAGUUCCUGCGGGAGCAGAGGCAGCAGCAACAACAACAGCAGAUCCUGGCCGAGCAGCAGCUGCAGCAAUCACAUUUACCCCGUCAGCACCUCCAGCAGCAGCGGAAUCCCUACCCUGUGCCGCAGGUCAAUCAGUUCCAAGGUUCUCCCCAGGAUAUAGCAGCCGUGAGAAGCCAAGCGGCCCUCCAGAGCAUUCGAACGUCACGGUUGAUGGCACAGAACGCAGGCAUGAUGGGAAUGGGACCCUCCCAGAACCCAGGGACAAUGGCCGCGGCAGCAGCCCAGUCCGAGAUGGGACUGGCCCCUUAUAGCAACACACCUACCAGCCAACCAGGAAUGUACAAUAUGAGCACAGGGAUGACCCAAAUGUUGCAGCACCCAAACCAAAGUGGCAUGAGCAUCACACACAACCAAGGCCAGGGGCCAAGGCAGCCCACCUCUGGGCAAGGGGUUGGGAUGGUGAGUGGUUUUGGUCAGAGCAUGCUGGUGAACUCAGCCAUUACCCAGCAGCACCAGCAGAUGAAAGGGCCGGUGAGCCAAGCCCUGCCAAGGCCCCAGGGCCCGCCAAGGCUGCAGGGCAUUAUGGGAACAGUCCAGCAGGGAACGCAGAGCUGGCCACAGAGGAGCUUACAGGGGAUGCCCGGGAGGACUAGUGGAGAACUGGGAUCGUUCAAUAGCGGCGCCAGCUACCCACUUCAGGCUGGCCAGCCGAGGCUGACCAAGCAACACUUCCCCCAGGGACUGAGCCAGGUUGUGGAUGCUAACACUGGCGCCGUGCGAACCCUCAACCCAGCUGCCAUGGGUCGCCAGAUUAUGCCACCGCUCCCGGGGCAGCAAGGCAGCGGCCAGGCCAGGCCCAUGGUCAUGCCUGGCCUAAGCCAGGGCGUCCCGGGCAUGCCAGCGUUCAGCCAGCCCCCAGCCCAGCAGCAGAUGCCCAGCGGCAGCUUCGCUCCCGGCAGCCAGAGCCAGGCCUACGAGCGGAACCCCGCUCAGGACAUGUCCUACAAUUAUAGCGGCGAAGCAGCCGGGGCCUCCUUCCCCGGCCUCUCGGACAGUGCGGACCUCGUGGACUCCAUCAUCAAAGGCGGGCCGGGGGACGAGUGGAUGCAGGAGCUUGAUGAGUUGUUUGGGAACCCCUAGUCAAGAGGAGCCGCGAGAGCCACAAGUCUAGUGUUGAAAGCCUAAAACGUGAAAAAGAAACAGGAUGUUGAGCCAUCCCUGUUUUUUUUGUUUUUUUGACCCACGUAAACUGAGCAAAACUGCAGCUGGCUGACAGUGAAAGAUCCAGGUGCCAGUCCACAGCCGCGCUGGGCCUCAUUUCACCGGAUUUCCACACAGCAGUCGAGACAAGACGCCACGCGGAUCCCGGCUGCGAGAGAGAGGGGCGCCGCCGAGGCCGGUGGGGAAGACGGAUCCGAAGGCCCUGUGCUCGGCAGCCCCUGUGCUCGCCGGGCGCAGGGAGCGCUGCGCCAGCCGCGCCAGACCGCCGCGCAGCGCGAGGGCUCCGCCAGCCCCGCCUGGCCCCGAGCCGGAGACCGCGCACCGCGGAGCCUCGGGCCCGGGAGCGCCCCGCGGACGCCGCCGCGUGGUUGCCCGGGCCAAGAGCACAGGUCGGAAGCGCGCCGCGCUCCGGCCGCCGAGAGAGGUCAGGCGUGGAGACGCGCUGGUGUGUUUGGAGGGUAGGCGCGGCGAACGGGAGACCCCAGAGGCUCCUCCGAGCCCGUCGGCUGCCCGGGGAGGACCCUCAGGAAUUGUAGAGGCGCUGCUGUCAGCUGCCUCUCCAAGAGAGCCACGCGAGCCUGGAGAAGGGGCGCCGCAGCCCUCUGCCGGUGACCGUGACCGUGGCGCCGGCACUCCGGGUAGUCGGCCUGGAGCCUCCUGGGGGCCCGGUGUCCUACAGCUGCGGCUAGGCAGUCCACGGCUCCUGCCGGUGGCCGCAGGGUGGGGAGAGACCCCGACUGGCUGCCGUGUCUGCCAGUGUGGCCGCUUUUCCCCGCACCCCUGCCCUUGUUCCUCCUUGCCUCCACCGCAUCCUGCCCUUGCUUCUCCUUACACACUAUACGAGAAGAAAUGAAGACAAAAGUCUUUGGGGGCCUGGGCAGAAUCGUAAUAAAGGCAAGCACUUAGACAAGGCCUGAAAUGCCAAGGCGACACUGGAGUUUUCUUUCUCUAACGUGUAGUUGAGUGAAUAGUCUCUGCCUGGGACUGAGCAGGCCCCUCUGAUGCUCCAUGGUGGGUUGCUGUGAGCCACACCGGAUGCUUCUGCUCUACCCUGGGAGCCGUGGCCCAAAGGCGCUCACCCUGCUCCCUGUGUUCUGAAACUGGCCUUGCCCUUAGUCCCUCCUGACCAGAAAGACAAAUCUAAAACGCUGAGAGAUGAACUGAAAUGUCAGUGGCUCCACCUGACCCAUUCUGACGAUAAAAAGCAGGAAGAUACAGUUCCUUCCAUAUGGGCAAAGUCAUCCACUUCCAAAGUCCUGUACAGUCAUUCUCUUUGUAAUUCACUCCAAUCUGCUCCAGGCGAAGUCUGUCGGAAGGGAUGACAACCUCUGCUACUUACCAUAAGGCUUGUGUCUUUUGUCCUUGCUGCUGUUCCCACCGCCCCAUUUUGGAGGCCAUGUGGCAUAAUUACUGUCCAGAGUAAGAGUGGAGCAUGCUUUUCUCCCACCACACGCUCCCUCGGCGUCCGAAAGCCUGGCUCCUCCUGUGCAUCUACUCGUACCUCGCUGCAGCCAGGCUGGGGGGAGCUGGACCGGCUGCACUCACAGGGCGUUCCUGAGACAGGGGGCUGGAAUGGAAAGCUGGGGGCAGAGGGCGGAGAGGCGGCAGGCAGGCAAACACUGUCGUUGGCUUGCUCGCCAUGGCCCAAGGUGGUAGAUCUACUGAGCAAGGGGCAGGAUGGAGACCAGAGGAGGCCAGGUGGGCAAGAGCCCAGGCAGGGGCUCGGCUCCUCCUAGGAAGACGUGGUGGCAGGUGACCAUGAACUCCUUGCCCAGGGAGGGACACCACCAUGGAAACUCUUGAGUAGAAACAGGUAAAAACCAAAAAAAAAUAAAUAAAUAAACAAAAAAGUAAAUAAGCAAGAAGACAGAAAACAUAAUUACCUUUUUCUGAAAGGUACAGGAAACAAAUAUAUGAGCAAUGAUGAGAAGCUGGAGGUGGCUGAUGGGAGAAGGGGGCUCCAGUACUUUUUAAUAGCUUCCUCCAAAUGCUUAAUACUGGGACCAACUAAAUAGAGAGGUAGAUUUUAAUAAGGUCGUUUUGUUUUGUUUUUGUUUUUGUUUUUACUACGGUGCUGAUGUAUAUGUAAUGUCUAAAAAAGUUAUUUGUAAAUAAGUUUUUACAAUACUGCAGAUAUCACUGGGUCUACUAUCUGUAAAAAAUAUACAUAUAAAUAUAUAUAUACUGUUUGUUUAAAAUAGAGUAUUUUUAUUUCAUUCCUUAACUCAUCAUCACAGCAGUGGUAUAUUGCACUUCAGAUGACAUCUAAUGACUAAUUUGUACUGUAUGACCUACGGCAACUUGCUCCACUUUAUUCAGAUUUUUCUAGUUUUCUGUUUUUACUUUGUACAUUGAGCAUUGCUUAUUUCCUUUUAAGAAAUGUACAGAACUCUGAAAUGUAGAAAUGAAGUGAUGUUGACAUACCACUUUUAAAGAAAAGAAAACAAAUAAAAGAUCAUUAUCUGAAUCCA